AUGGCUACCCUCACUCCGCGCCACCGGUGGAUGGUGGCUCAGGUGGUAUCUUCGUUCAAAUUGGCAGAAUAUGAGCCCCUUGUCGAGGCACUAUUUCGGGACCAGUUUGCAAUUAAGAUCGACCCUUUCCUCAAAGGCACAUCAUCCACGCAAUAUCUGUUAUUCUCUUAUCAUGCCGGAACUCAUCCGGCUUCUCCACGAGCGGAUAUUCCAGGCAAACUCAUAUGCUCAGUGCUGGCUGCCAGUUCAUCACAAACGGUAGUCACUAGCUGCAUCUGCGCUGCAGAGGGCGUCUCGGAUGAGGCAGGCUCUAAAUAUGUUUACUUUCUUCGAACAAUUCCGUUCGGGAAGUCUUUGAACUUGAGCACACCUGCCGAUGCAGAGCUGGCCUUUGGAGAGCUUCCCGAGUUGCCUCUUCAAGCCCUGCACACGGCAUUGUCAGGGAUAUUUCUUCCUACUGUAGAACACUUCGAUAAAGCGGACUGGAAAAAAUGCACAGACGAGCAGCGUAAUGAGUUUCUCGCCUGCACACGAACACUUUGCAAAGAGCUGGGAGAGGCGAUUGAUGCUUUAGCUCAUGGAAUUCAGCUAAAACAACCAGAUCCAAGGUUCUCUCUGGCAGACAUAAGAAUGGACUACAUUGCAGCUGCCAAGAACCCUGACAUUGUGUCUCAUUUUGAAGAGCUCCUAGAUGACUGGUGCAAGGAGAUCGAACGGUACUUAGAAGCAUCGCUUGACAAAGGUGCAGCUAUAGCCGAUAACGGUCCCCGCAGCGAAUUAGCCUCAGGUGUGUCGCCGAAGUCUCGACAAUCCGUUUUCCACACGAUGAGACGAUGCAAGCAGCUGGAUGUGGCCAUCACAGAGGCCUUUAGCGAAGCCAAGGACAACGUGAAGUAUUUGGCGACACUGGAAAGGUUUAUAGACCCCCUUUACUCAGGAAACCCGGCAAGCAUUCUUGAAAGCCUAAGCGCGCUGAUGAGUGCAAUAACAAUGAUACAUUCCAUCUCGCGGUACUACAAUACGACUGAACGAAUGGUUUCAUUCUUCACGAAGAUAACGAAGCAGGCAUGUUGCUACUCCUCAAUCCACAGAGUGCCUGAAAAUUCGUAA